AUGGCGGAACUGUCGGCGGAGGCGCUGGAAAGCUGCAGCGGCAUCCUGCACUGCCGCAUCGACGACCGCGUGAAGGAUCUGGCCAGCAACAAAGAAGUUCCCGUGGCAAAUUUGAUCACAAGACAUGUAAAACAGGUAACGGACUUCAACAAAGCGCUGGAGAAGCGGCGGCUGUGGCGGAAACGCGAAAAGGAACUGGAGAGGAAACACGAAGACACCUGGGGGGUGCUGCGGUCGGAAGGCCGCGCGCAGGCGCCCCGCGAAGCCCCCGCGGUCCCCAGCAGCGCAAAAAGGGUUUUAGAUGCCAUUAAAGUCGAAGGAAUUGACAAAGAAGUGGUGGAAAAGGUGAAGGAAAAAGUCGCGCGCCAGUUCGGCUCGGUCGACGUACACGCCGCGACCCGCCAGCGCGCUGCGCGGGAAAAGGAAAAGCUGCAGCUGCAGCGGCAAGAAAGCGCCUCCGACGCGUGGCUUCCCGACAGAUUUUACACAGAAGAAUUGAAGCAAAAAACUCCCUGGCUGAAUCCCGUGGAGUUCCUCAGCGGGCUGCAGCUUUCCAAGUCCGAGGGAAGCCUCACGCCCGUCGCUUCCGACAGCGAAAGCGAAGCUUCCAAGCGCAAAAAAAAGAAAAAAAAACGAAAAAAAGAAAAGAAAAAACAAAAAAAACACAAAAAGAAACACCGGGAAUGA